AUGUCUAACCAGCGCCAGUCCGGGACGUGGGUGUUCUUCAUCCUGCUCGCCGUAGCGCUGCUCUGCGCCAUCACCAGCCACCGUCGUCUCCUCCCCUUCCCCGAACCCGACGAAAACCUCGACGGAUCCCGCGGUGCGUCACUCGCUUAUACACAUGACUCUUACGACGAUGGCGAGCCGUACGUCCCAGCCCCCAAGGCCACUGCCAAGGUGCACAAGGCUGACAAGCCUGGCAAAAUCGACAUCCCUGGCAAAACCGACCGGCCUGGCAAAAUCGACACGCCUGUCAAAAUAGACAGGCCCGUUAAACUAGAUAAGCCUGUUAAGAUAGACAAGCCUGGCAAGAUUGAUAGGCCUGACAACAUCAACAAGCCUGGCAAGACUGAUAGGCUUGACAACAUUGACAAGGUUGGCAAAAUCGACAAGCCUGACAAAAUCGACAAGCCCGGCAAGAUUGACAAGCCCGGCAACACUGAGAAGACUGACAAGGUCGACAAGGCCGAAAAGCCAGGCAAUGGAGUUGGAGUUGACGAGGAGAAGAAGAAAAAGGACGGUGAUAAGGGAAAGAAGGAGGGGCAUGAGGGCGACGAGGGCGAGUCGCUGCUCAUCAGCGCGUCCACCAAUAUCGGGACGAGCUUGUCGAGGAUCCGCGCCGCGAUGAUGAAGGCUCAUGUACAAAUACUCGAGGACUAA